AUGAGAAACUGGAAACCAGGAGAACCGAACGAUGAUUUUCUCUCUGGGGAAGACUGUGCUGAGAUUGAUACGCGUAACGGCAAUGGGCAGUGGAACGAUCAAGCAUGCGUCGCCUUCAACUACUACAUCUGCUCUCGCCCAAUCAGUACACCCGUUUACUGUGAUCAGAGCAAAGGCUGGCGUUCGACAAAUAACAAGUGCUAUCUCUGGGUGACGGAUACCUACCAAUGGAACGGGGCGGAGCAGUACUGCAGUCUGCUUGGUGGACAUCUGGUGUCUUACACCAAUGCGGACGAACAAACGGCUGUGGAGGCGACUACUGCCAGAAACGGCCUUCCGUAUUUCAUCGGACUGACUGAUAGGGGAUACGAGCGUGGUAACUACCACUGGAUUGACGGAACUACUUUCAACACUGCCCUGUAUAACAACUGGGACGCCAACCAACCUGACAAUCAAUUUUAUGACAGUGGCGGUGCGAACUGCGUCCAGGCCUCGUCUAAUGGUAAAUGGAAAACAAUAGACUGCACCACCAGCCGUUUCUUCUUCUGCGAGAGAAUACAAGGUGCCUGCGCCCCCGGAUGGACGUAUCACAAUGGCCAGUGUUACCAGUUAAAUAUUAACAACCGGAAGACUUGGACCGACGCCAAGCAUUAUUGUGACGCCCAGGGGGGCUACCUCACCACCAUUAUCAACGAUGCAGAGAACCAAUAUAUAACUGGUUUUCUGAGUGAUUUCAACCAAGCUGGUGUCUCGGAUAUUUACAUUGGUAUAUCAGAUUCUGUCACGGACAACAUGCUACAAUGGGUUCAGAAUACCGGUUCAUCAUACGUCAACUGGGCCAGUGGACAACCCACCACUAGAUCUGGCCAAUUCGAUUGCGGCAGCAUCUACACAGGGCAAGCGGUUACUUCAGUACCUCCCGAUAUAACUACUGGCAACUGUGACCCAGGCUGGGAUCUCCACGGAGACUUCUGCUACUACUUUUCGCCUCAAGAAAUUAGUACUUGGAACAGAGCAGAGACGCUCUGUACAGCCAUGGGAACUGACGUGCAUCUCGUCAGCAUACAUAGCGCUGAAGAGCAGUCCUUCCUGUCAGUACGAGCAAGCUUUGUUCAGGAAAGUCAUUGGAUCGGUCUCCAUGACACAGUUGGGGAGUCCACCUUUGUUUGGACCGAUGGAACAGCGACUGAUUUCUUGAACUGGGGUUCCGGAGAGCCCAACAAUGCUGGCAGUGGUGAAGACUGCGUCCACUUGGAAUCGGCAUUCCAGAAGGUUGGAAUAUGGAAUGACAUCAACUGUGACUAUCAGUACCGAUACAUCUGCAAAAGACCUAAGACUUCAUAUGACAGGAAGUGUGGUCUAGGCUGGGAGUACGAGGGCUCAGGUGACCGUUGCUAUAGCUUCCGAACAGAGACGCAGAACUGGCAAGAUGCCGACACCCAGUGCCGCCUAGAGGGCGCCCAUCUCAUCAGUAUAGCAGAUUUCAACGAGCAGUUGUAUGUGUUUACUCGUGCUAAUUUCCUGUCCACUGGAGCAAUUUGGAUCGGUGCCGAUGACUUGAGUUCGGAGGGUGGAUUCCGUUGGACUGAUGGCUCCCCGUUCAGAUUUAUCAACUGGGCCGCAGGUGAGCCAAACAACGACGGAGUAAACGGUGAGAACUGUGGGGAGUUGUACACUUCAGACGGUACAUGGAACGACAAUAAAUGUUUUGCAGAGCGCAUGUAUGCUUGCAAGCAAAGCGCCUAUAUUCAAACCUACUUCAUCCCGUCCCGUUUGAGAAAACUUGCCCAAACCGACGCCACGGUUCUAAAUAACAUUUGGCCGGAGGAGUGCGCAAAGGAGUGCGUGAAGAGAUCUUUGUGCAGGUCCUUCGACUACGGCCGUAACAACAUGGAGUGUAGACUGAACACUCUGGAUUCGGCCAACGGUCUGUUUCCCACUGACGACUUCGAUCCGUUCGACUAUUACGAAAGGGACUUUACACUAACCACCGACGCACCACCUACCUCGGUGCCGUCCACCUACAACUGCCCCAGUAAUGACUGGCUGCCGUAUGGUGAUAACUGUUACCGGGUUGAGCGGAGAGCGACCGACUUCAGCACGGCCCAGACAAUGUGCCAUACGCUGGGAGGGGCCAACCUGGCGUCCAUUGCUAACAUGAACGAGAACAAUUUCGUCUUGAGUGCUCUGAACCAAGUGCUAACAAACCAAGAUGCCCAACGUGCGUGGCUGGGCAUGAGUGAUCUCAAUAUUGAAAUGUACUAUGAGUGGUUGGACGGAAGUGACGUCACCUUCACCAACUGGGUCUAUUACGAGCCCAACAAUUCGGGUGAUGAGGAUUGUAUUGAGAUAUAUGAUGCCGGAUACGUCAAUUCACAGGUUGGCCUUCAAACCCACGGGCUCAAUGUCUGGAUCGGUAUCAGCAUCCAGGCAACUCCUGGCCUGUACGAAUGGAGCGACGGAUCCCCAGUCACGUAUACCAACUGGGGGCAGGCCCAACCCGACUCGAGCAUGGGACAGUGCGUAUCCAUCAACUCCGGAGCUCCAGCUGCCGGCUAUUGGUACAACACGGCCUGCUCUUUGUCCCUACCCUACGUGUGCGAGUCAGCCCGGCCCGGCUAUUCCACAAUGGCUCCCCCUGGGCCCGUGACCAACCCCACCAACAUCGGCUGCGCAGCAGGCUGGAUCGGGUACGGUAGUUACUGCUUCAGGGUUUUCGAAGCCAAUACCGACGGGGAGAAGCUGACCUGGAAUCAAGCGCGCACUUUCUGCCAGGAGCAGACCGAUGACUCACAGGGUGAUCUGGCCUCCUACCACUCCUCCGAUGAAGAACAGUACCUCAUCAACAGUUUCUUAGCUCAGUCUCCGGACAACCUCUAUGGAUACUGGGUAGGACUUAACGACCAGGCUAAUGAGGGAGGGUUUCAGUGGAGUGACGGCAGUCCAGUUGAGUAUGAAAACUGGGGACCAGGGGAGCCCAACAACUACGACGGAAAUGAGAACUGUGUGGAGGUCUUCCUGAAUCCCGGCCGGGGUUGGAACGACAUCAUCUGCGAGGCCCAACGCCAUUGGAUUUGUGAAGUUCCGAAGAACGUCCCCGUUCGUCCACCAACUACUCCAGUCACAAACAACAAGUGUCCCUCUGAUCCGGACUGGUACCUGCGGGGUACCGACUGCUACUACAUCAGCCUUUUGGUGCAGGAACGCAGAGACUGGAACCAGGCCGAGGAAUACUGUCAUCAGAAGGGCGGUCAUCUUGUGUCCAUUCACAGUGCCGAUGAGAACAACUACAUCUUGCGUCUGAUCGGGGACAAUUUGGUGGGUCAGUCGUACUGGAUUGGACUUCGAGAAUAUGCUGUAGAAGGCGACUAUAAAUGGUCAGAUGGUUCGGUUGUCGAUUACGCCAGAUGGGCCAACAACGAACCAAAUGAUGCAGAUGGAUCAGAACAAUGCGUACAAAUGUGGGCAGAGGGGACGUGGAACGAUCAGAACUGCGGGGAGUCCCUGCCGUUCGUCUGCAAGAAGCCCAAGGACGCCACCACCCCCGUAACUCAUGCCCCGACCACGCCCAAGCCGGGAGGCUGCAUGGACGGCUGGGUCAAGAUGGGCAGCAAGUGCUACCGGAUCUUCGACGAGUCAAACGACAUCAAGACAUUCGACGAAGCCCGGCAGGAGUGCCGAAAGUACCAGAAGGGGGAGCUGGUGACGAUUCCGAACCACAAUGUCCAGUGCUUAUUGACGGCCCUCAUGUACUUUUAUUCAACUGAUGUGUGGAUCGGACUGAAUGACCGCGGGACUGGGCUACGCUUCUACUGGGUUGAUGGUUCCUCUCUGGAAUUCACGAACUGGAUGGGCCAAAACCCUAGUCUCUUGGAUGACGAUGGGGACGAAUGUGUGAAGAUGUCGAGGAACCCAGCCCACCCUGGCGUGUGGGAUGACGUCAUGUGCAGUGACAAGUACGGCUAUGCCUGUAUGAUGGAUGUGGACACCCAGUACGACCCUAAUCCGGAAUACUUCAGCGACUGUAAACAGGGCUACUUCAGCUAUGGCACGGCUUGCUUCAAGUUGUUCAACGACCGACAGUUGGCUUUCGAGCAAGCCAAGGCAACCUGUCAGGCCGAAAUGGACGGCAUCUACCUGGCGUCAGUCAAGAACGAGUUUGAAAGAGCUCUGGUUGAGACGAUGAUGGCCUAUGAAAACGUGAACGAAAUGUGGAUCGGUAUGGAACUCGACAGGACGACAAAUCGCUAUGGCUGGGUAGACGGCUGGCCCGUGCUGUUCUCCGCCUGGGACGAGAACGAACCAUCCGGCGGCCCAGGGGAAGGCUGUGUGAUGACCGAUGCGGAUGGACGGUGGGACGACACGCUCUGCACGGCGCGUAAAUCAUUCGUGUGCAAAUACGACUCAGCCGAGAGACCGUCCACGGUUGCCCCUCCCCAGGGCUACUGCCCAGACGGCUGGAAGGCCUUCGGUCAGUACUGCUACAAGUUUGACCCCACCUACACCAUGGGCUCCUUCCAGGACGCCAAGGCCGACUGCGAAGGCUUCUACGGGUCGCAGUUGGCCAGCAUCCACUCCAAGCAGGAGAACGACUUCAUUCUUACGAACGUUGUUGAUCCGACCUUCGUUGGAAACCUGUGGAUUGGUCUCCAGAAGGGAAAUCAGGGCUUGGAAUGGACCGAUGGCACGCCGGUGGACUUUGUCUACUGGAAGGAAGGUGAACCCAACAAUAACGAGGAGCUGUGUGUUGAGAUGUACACCAAGCAGUACGGCCUGUGGAAUGAUGAACAUUGCACGGACCAGGCCGAUUAUGUCUGCAAGAUGCCACAGAGUGAGUCACACCACCAAUUGACAAAUUCAACCGGAGAGCCGCAAGUGACGAAGUCACCACAGACCGGAGGCCUGAGUGCAGGUGGCGUCGUGGGAAUCAUUCUGGGGAUCCUGGUCCUUGUCCUGCUGGUGGCGAUGGUCGUCGUCUUUGUUCUCAAACGCAACAGCCUCAACGCCAAAGCCACCGAUGCUGGCACCACGUCACCUGCUGCAGAGACGCCGGCGGGCUUUGACAAUGCCCUGUACGUCUCGUCAUCCGAUAAAGCCGCAAUUGUAACAGAAGCAUAAAAGCACUGUUGGAGGGGAAUGCAUCCCUUUUUAGUGGCACACAGGAAAUGACGAAAUUUGUAAUCCAUGUUUAGAAUCCAUUAACGGAGCAAGCAGGGUUGCUCCCUUCUCAACUUACGAGAUCAUAAUUUUAAAUUGAGGGAGCUUUUACCGCUGUUAGUGAUCAGUUACCUGCUAUCAGUCAAUGAAUACUUGGUCUGUAAAAUUCCAGAGAAUUGGGCGGUUAGAAGUUGCAUGUAAUAUAUGAAAAGGCGUCUUAUCAUAGGUUUGUCAUAGGAAACAAUUUGUAGUCCCAUCUGGACAGUUUAAAUGAUUGUUAAGGUAAGAAACAUUAUUCAUGUUUCACCAGAUUUUAAUCAUCAAGGAAAAUUACCAACAUACAAACAUUUCUCUGACAAACUGAUCAACAAAACCCUUCCGCAACUUGACACAAAGUUUAGUCUCAACCAAUUUGAGUUCUGAACCUUCAAAGCUUUCAUUGUUAACAAAAUUUGCACUAUUAUGGCCGAUACAUAACACUCGCUGACUAUUUCAUUGUCAAAAUGAUUAGAUAGCUUGCUGGAGUACAUAUUUUUGAUUUGAUCAAGUACAAAAUUGUGCACUUGAUGGAUUUGACAAAAAAUUUCAUGGGCAUUGACAUUUAGCCUCUUUGAAUAAAAGUGCAAGAAGAAAA